AUGAACAGUCGAUAUAAACCCCGCGAGUAUUUGAACGAAGCAAAGCACGAGAGAGGCUCAAACACGGGACAGACUCGCCCGCUGCGGCGCCGCGGCUCCGGCCGAGCUGAUGUGUGGACCUCACUCCCUCUGAAGAAGGUCCACUGUCCCUCGGCCGGGCUCGUGAACCAUCCAACGACGUUUCUUCAUAACCCAGUGUUCUCUUGUAGUCGUAAACCUCGGUGGCUGGUUGCCGCGGCGCGGGUCCUUAGUGAGUAA